AUGUCCAACAACUCCAAACAAGAAAUCAUGGACCAAGUCCGCCAACAAGCCGCCCUCGCCAACGCCCGGUUACUCGUAGAAAAAAUCAACGAACACUGCUUCGAGCGCUGCAUCCCCAAACCCGGAUCCUCGAUGGCCUCGGCGGAAACGACGUGCUUGAACCACUGCAUGGAGAAGUACAUGGCGAGUUGGAAUACGGUGUCGAAGCAGUAUUUGGGGCAUAUUCAGAAGGGGGUGGGGAGUGGGCAGAGUUUUGGGGGACUUUGA